UGCAUAGAGGAAACUGCCCAAAGUGGCCGCUGUGGAGGAGUUGGCGGCGGCGAGGGGGGCGUGCGCCGGGAUCCGCUGCUGCCCCGAGGCCGAGCCCCGCGCCUCGCCGGCCUCGUGCCUUGGGCUCUCCCGCGCGCCCAGCCCGCGUCCGCAGCUCUGCACCGCCCACUCGGAGAGCCCACGCGCGACCCGCGCGCCAUGAGCCCGGGCCGGUGCGCCGGCGGCGACGCGCGCAAGGGCGGCCCCGCGGGCGGCGGCGGGGGGCGCCCCGGGACGGCGGCCGGGGCCUGGGCGCUGAGCGCGCUGUGCCUGCUGCUCUCCGUGGGCGCGGCGGCCGCCUGCCUGCUGCUGGGCGCCCAGGCGGCCGCGCUGCAGGGCCGGGUAGCGGCCCUGGAGGAGGAGCAGGAGCUGCUGCGGCGCGGGGGGCCGCCGGGCGCUCUGGCCGCCUGGGCCGAGCCGCACCUGGAGCGCCUGCUGCGGGAGAAGUUGGAGGGACUAGUCAAGCUCCGGACAGUUCGGGAAGUGCCGAAUGAGUGUGUCUGCCCCCCAGGCCCCCCUGGACGGCGUGGCAAGCCUGGAAGAAGAGGUGACCCCGGUCCUCCCGGGCAGUCGGGACGAGAUGGCUACCCGGGGCCACUGGGUCUGGAUGGCAAGCCUGGACUGCCAGGCCCCAAGGGGGAAAAGGGCAUACCAGGAGACUUUGGCCCCCGGAUGGCUUUCCCAUGGCUCAAUCCGGGCUUUAUAAAUAAAGACUAUCACAUGUACAAUCGCCGCGUCCUCAAGGGAGACCAAGGUCAAGAAGGAGCUGCUGGGCCUCCGGGGCCCCCUGGAUCCCCUGGGGCCCGGGGCCCUCCUGGUGAUACUGGAAAAGAUGGCCCCAAGGGAGCACAAGGCCCAGCGGGUCCCAAAGGAGAGACUGGAGAAGAUGGCAAGAUGGGCCCAAAGGGAGUCCCGGGGCCCAAGGGGGAUGAUGGGAGUCCAAGCCAGCCAGGGUUCCCUGGACCCCCAGGGCCCAAGGGCGAGCCGGGCAGCCUGGGCCCUCGAGGAGAGAAUGGUGUGGAUGGUGCCCCAGGCCCAAAGGGGGAGGCCGGCCAGCAAGGCACCGAUGGAGCCCCAGGGCCACGGGGUCCCCCGGGCCUCAAGGGAGAGCGAGGAGACACCGUGGUGAUUGACUAUGACGGCAGGAUCUUGGAUGCCCUUAAGGGUCCCCCCGGGCCACAGGGCCCCCCAGGGCCCCCAGGGACCCCCGGAGCCAAGGGCGAGCUCGGAUUGCCUGGUGCCCCAGGAAUUGAUGGAGAGAAGGGUCCCAAAGGACCAAAAGGGGACCCAGGAGAGGCUGGGCCACGUGGACCCAAAGGGGAAGCAGGCGAGAUGGGUCUGUCGGGCCUCCCGGGCACCGACGGCCCCAAGGGGGAGAAGGGAGACCCUGCAUCCGACAAACUAAAGGAGAGCCUGGCCCAGGUCAUAGUGGAGCCGGGGCCCCCCGGCCCCCCUGGUCCCCCAGGCCCCAUGGGCCUUCAGGGAAUCCAGGGUCCCAAGGGCUUGGAUGGAGCAAAGGGAGAGAAGGGUACGGCAGGCGAGAGGGGUCCCAGCGGCCUGCCCGGGCCAGCUGGCCCACCAGGCCUUAUUGGGCUGCCAGGAACCAAAGGAGAGAAGGGAAGACCUGGGGAGCCAGGACUAGAUGGUUUCCCUGGACCCCGAGGAGAGAAAGGUGACAGGAGCGAGCGCGGAGAGAAGGGGGAGCGAGGUGUCCCCGGCCGGAAAGGAGUGAAGGGCCAGAAGGGCGAGCCAGGACCGCCAGGCCUGGACCAGCCAUGUCCUGUGGAGAAUCCUAAAUGCGGAGGCAAGCGAGGGGCGCCGGGCUCCAGGGGCCUGGCACGGGGCAGCGGGCUCUGCCCUGUGGGCCCCGACGGGCUGCCCGUGCCUGGCUGCUGGCAUAAGUGAUCCCAGGCCCCAGCUCACAACCUAUACAGAUCCGUGUGGACGUUUUUAAUUUUUGUAAAAACAAAACAGUAAUAUAUUGAUCUUUUUUCAUGGGAUGCAACAUCUGUGGACUUUUAACAUUUGAGAGUCUGCCCGGCCCAGCCCUGGAAUGAUCUGCAUGUGAAGCAGGCGGAAGAGGAUACACGCCGAUCGGGGAGAACUGUGUACUUGGGGGGCACGUGCAGGACUUGGCUUUCCCUGGAGGGAGACGAAGGUGGAAGUGCCCGGCUCAGGAGAGGCUGCAAAGACGCCUGCCAGCUUGGGCCUCAGUCACCUGAUUAGCAGAGGGAAUCUGGCCACCCCACAGCCCUGCAAGAGCCUGUCCCUGAAGCUCCAGACCCCCGGGGCCCACCUCAUCCAAAAAGGCAAAGGCUUGGACAGCUGAUGCAGCUGCCCCCAGCUUCCCUGGCCUCUGGCCUCAGCCUCAGCCACAGCCAGCUUCCCACCCGCAGGACCCUCUGGUACUGGAUUCACCAGGGCAGGACAAGACUCCUGCCCAGCACAGGCCACAGGACGCUGGAAGCUGUGGGAAGCGCCCCAGGUGGAUCUAGUUCCCACCAAGUUCAGUAGGCCUCCAGAAGCCAGCCUGCCAUGAGAACACCUGUCCUCUGGCCCCAAGUAGAUGCCAAGCACUGUGAUUGCCAACACAUGGACCAGGGAGCCCUGUGAUCUCUAAGUUUGGAGGACAGCAGGUCCUCGAUGGAAGUGGCUGCUGCUCCCUGUCUCCAUGCCACCCAUAGCAGAGAUGUGAUGGGACUACGCCAGCCCAAGGAGGCGUGCCUCCAGCUCUGAGUUUGGGUCUCACAGGCUGCAAGUGUCCCACGCAGAACUGGCCAGCCUUCCAGAAAUGGUGUGCGUGUGAGCCGUGAGACAGAGCCUCAGGGCUGGUACCUGGCCGACCUGGGCAUGGGCCUGCAACCUAAGCAGCCAGUGCACUAAGGAGAGGCAUCCCCACCUCUGUCUGACAAGGGUUCCCAGCCACCAGCUCCAGUCCAGCUACUUGCCUCCCUUCUGUGUAGAUGGAUGUCGCUGAGUGUAAUAAACCACCCAUGUGUGUC